UGAACGGUCUUCCUGUAUUUUGUCUUGAGGGCUCUACAAUUUGGCGUUCGAGAACUUGUUUGAUAUGCUUUCAUAUUGUCGAGCUACAUUUACCUGAUAGAGUUCUACGGCAGUUUGGAUUGCUGCAGCAUAUACCGAAGCCUGUAGAAGCUAUACAGAGGAUCACCUCGCAAGGUAGAUCAGGCGAGGACUGGGCAGCGUUUCAUGCUUCAUAUAUUCAGCGUUGGGCAGAUCGUCUUGAGCAUAUUGCGAAGCAGAGUCUUUUCGUCGAUCCAGAUCCGAUACGAGCUACCUCUGUGUACAUGCAGUGGUAUUGGGGGAUCACAAGGAGGUGGAUUUCUCGUCCUGUACAGGCUACGGCAGCCUCCACUUACUUUUCUACCGCAUGGGAAUGUCGAGCGACGAUUGGUGUAUGUUAUGCGACAUGCUGUUAACAGUAUCGGUCAUUUGAUGGAUGAUCCUCCGGAGCCCACUAGAAUGAUGGAUACUCUAGCACAUGUGAGGUGGGAUCUCAAAAGUGUGUUAAAGAGCCUUCCGACAUUACCCGUAACAGGGUAUCCCGAUGUUUCUUCUCCGACUUUUGGUGAUUACGGUGAUAUUCCCUUCACCUCCACGCAUGCAUAUGAUUUCGGUGAUAUUCCCUCCACCUCCGCGCCUGCAUAUGAUUUCGGUGAUAUUCCUUCCACCUCCGCGCCUGCAUAUGAUUUCGGUGAUAUUCCCUCCACCUCGAUGCCUGCGUAUGAUUUUCCAUCGACAUCCGUCUCAAUUCAUCCAUCUGAUGUCCCUUCGACUUCUAAUGUCCUUCCGACAUCGGAAGUGUAGUUUGAUAUUCUGUCGGCAUCCAUCCCUCCAUUUGAUAUUCCAGCUACGUCAGAGAUUCGUCGCAAUGAUGUUGUAUAUCGACGUAGGCGAUGGCGACAGGGUCAUAUUGAGACGCAAGAAGGGAUACUACCAUCAGCUGUUGAGCAAGGGAUGGAGCCGAUUAUCGAGGGCAUCGCCAUCGAGCAUAUUGAUCAGAUGCAUGUCAUUGAGCCCGUGCAGCUUGAGAUGGAGCAUGACAUACAUAUUCAAGGACGGAGUCGAGGACGCGAUCGUGGACGCGGACGUGGACGUGGCAGGGGACGAGGGCGAGAGCAUAGGAGGAGAAU